AUGACAUUUUUUAAUUUGUCCCUUAACACUGUAAAAAAGCUAAGAUGUAAUACAGCUGGUAGAUUGUGUAGAGGACUGGUAACAAAGAGUGAAGCGACCUGCACCCGGAAGGUGUAUGGCGAGAAUGACAAGGUAACCUUGGGCCCACCCACCUAUACCAUUUUUUCACCCGAGGUGUGUCUUACGCUAAAGCUAAAGCGUGACGAAUUGACUGGCGAUAACGGCCUUUUGCUGACUGGAAUGACCCGUUUGAAAGACGGCUCUAACUCGUUCAACAAAAACUCGAGAAUAUCAUCAGUUCUCCCUAUGGAGACACUGGAUCGCCUGAGCGAAGCUAUAACAAAAAACUCAGAACACCCAGUCACCUUUGAAGGACUAGACGGUGGCUCAGUAGUUGUAACUAACAACAGUGAUACCUUUUCGAUAAAGUUAUACCCAAGUCUCCCUGGGCUUAAUUUAACGCCUGGAAUGCUUCCAACAACUAAACCAAACUCGCACAUUAAUUUUACAGGGAACCAUAAUGAACAUGCUUUAGUAAAGCAUGCUCUACACGACCUCUCCUCUUCAAAUUAUGAUAAGGGGCUAUAUCCUGACGGUAUAAAGAAACCGAGCUCCUACUGCCACAGGGAAUUGGACUUAACAAUAUUAGUCGAUGAAUCCUCGAGUAUCUAUAUUGAAGAGUGGAACAAACUCAUUCCAUUUCUUAAAUCACUGGUGAGAUCAAUAAAUAUAAGUCCAAAUUAUGUGCACUUGUCAAUGGUCACCUUUUCCACUUCAAUUCGGUGGUUAAUAUCAUUUCUCGACCCAGCCUCUAAGGAUGAGCAAUUGGCCCUUGCUGUUCUGGACAAGCUGAAGAACAGUAAGCCUGUGUUUGGGUACACAUUCACUGGACAGGCACUUAACUUUAUUUCUGAGGCUGUUUAUAUGUUUGGUGCUAGGCGUAACUCUCCAAAGGGCAUCAUUAUCAUCACCGACGGAUCCUCUACUCAGACAAACGUUACUUCUCAGGCGUCGGCUCUACUAAGGGAUGCUGGUGUAACAAUUCUAGUUGUUGGAGUUGGGAAGGCUAAAGAAAGCGAGUGUAGAGGUAUAGUUGGUUGUUCUACCAAAGGAGAGUGCCCCCUUUUCUUUAUGACCAACUGGGAUGAAAUUAUCAGGAAGGUUGGGGAGUUGAUGGCUGAGGUUUGUGAGACCAUUCCUAAGGACGCCGUAUGUAAGCCGAUCUGGUCUGAUUGGUCUAAGUGUGACGCCAAGUGCGGCAUUGGGACGAGGUACCAAAAGUUGAUGGGAGUUACUACAAUUUCUGAGCCAACUGUCGGAACGAACGGCAAGUCCGGGAGGACAUGUGAGAUGAUUUAUGAGAACGUCGAGGUUCCAAAGGAGGAGUGCUCCGUUGAGUGUGAUGAGCAGGGUGAAACGGAAGGAAGUCUUGACGAAAAAGAAGAAGAGUUGGAGCGGAUGCGAAGGGAACUAGAGGAAUACAAGGAAAUGGAAGGUAAUGAAAGAAUGAUGGAAGAGGAGAUGGAGAGACACCAAAAAGAUCACGAUGAAUAUGAAGAAGAAAGUAGCAGUAGCAAUGAGGAAUACAGCAGAGGAGGAGCUAAGAUUGCUGGAGGAGUGGCUCUAGCACUGUUAAUGCUUGCAGGCGGAGGUGGUUACACAUACUACAAAAAGUACGGUUUAUCUAGAGUGAGUGAAACUACGAAUUUGGAUGAGGAUUUUGCAGAUUCUAGUGGGAACCGUGGUGUAAGGGAGAGUGUGGGUGAAGCUUACACAGUAACUGAUUUAGAUGAUGGACUCUGGAGCCAAUCCAAUCAAUAA